AAACUAAACAAUCGUUUACUUCCGGUAUGUUAGCUACUAGCAUUCAUCUACAAAUAAGACUCAAAUAAAUGUUCUUUUUAGCCAGAUGACUAAACGAUAUGAUGGCAGGGAGAAAAAGAAAGAUGCUAGCAUUGACAGCAGCAGCAGCAGCACCUGAACAAGCAGCAGGUAAACAUGAAAACCGGACGGAUUUAAAGGUUGCACCUGCCAAGGUGAAGUGUGAAAGUGAGCAAAGUCAUUAUUUCAUGCAGACUGACCUGCAGCAGCAGCUCAGACUGAGAGAGCACUUCUUCAACCAAUCCUGCAUCAGUCUGGCUAAAGCCUUCCUCGACAAGGUGUUGGUCCGCAGGUGUGCAGACGGCACUGAGCUACGGGGGAGAAUAGUGGAAACUGAAGCCUACCUUGGAGGGGAGGACAAAGCUUCACACUCAGCAGGAGGCAAACGCACCAAGAGAAACACAGCCAUGUUCAUGAAGCCCGGCACAAUCUAUGUGUACUCAAUCUAUGGCAUCUACCUCUGUAUGAACGUGUCUAGUGAAGGGGAGGGUGCUGCCGUGCUGCUGCGCUCCCUUGAGCCCCUGGAGGGUCAGCCCGUCAUGAGGCAGCUGAGAGCAGCCAAACGCAAAGAGGGAGCCCGGCAACUGAAGGACAAAGAGCUCUGCAACGGGCCUUCGAAGCUGUGCCAGGCUCUAAAUAUACCCCACUGUUUUGACCGUCGAGACCUAGCCUCAGACCCAGAGGUGUGGCUGGAGAAGAACCCCAACACAAAUCAAGUAGAACCCCACAAUAUAGUAGCAGCACCGCGCAUUGGAAUAGAGUCUCACGGGGAAUGGGCCAAGAAGCCCUGGCGGUUCUAUCUUCGUGGGCACCCGUGUGUUAGCGUAGUGAACAAAGAGGCAGAGAGACAGUCUGGAAAUGUAAUGAACAAUUUAGGUCCCUCAGAUGUGCAGUCUGACUCAGGACACACAAUGUCAAAGGGACGUAACGGGAAUAUUCCUGAAACUACUCUGCCAUCUGUUCCCUUUGUGGACUUCUCCAUUUAGGCAGUAUAAAAACACAAGAGGAGAAUCAAGAUGGUAGAAUAACCUCCACGACUGGUUCAAUGUCUACAUUCCAAUUUGCAUAAACUAUACAAAAGGGUUUUCAUUAAUUUUGUAAUCUGCAGCUUAUUUUGACAGUGUAUUUACUAGAGCUGUCAAUCGAUUAAAAUAUUUUACCGCGA